CUUAAAGCUCAUGAUCAUUCUCAUCCACAAUCAACUGAAAGCUAUGCUAAAAUUGAUCGUUUAAAAUCAAAAGCGAUUGAAAAUGGUUUCAUAUUUGAUUCAUCUUGGAUAACUCGUUCAUAA